UGCUUGUCCAGAAGGAUUAUUAAACGAACAAGUAGCGCCAGGCUACGGUGUAGAGUAGGUAGUUUAUCUUGAGAUCAUCCUUGAUCUCAGCAAGCGAUCGUCAUGGACUCCGCCUUUCUGACAGAACCGGCAGUAUCCGGCCGUUGCCUGUCGGGCGGUCUCCGGGUUAGUCAUCAACUGAUGUGGCAGAACCUCACCGCCCGAUUGCGUUCUUGAUUUCGACGCUGGCAAGACAAGACAUCAAAACUUUCUGGCGAUCAGCAAACCCUUUUUCUUCCUGCGUUCCCUCAUCCAGACACGGCUGUUGCGAAGAUGUCGCUUAUUAACGAGUCCCAUGAUUCUCUCCCCUACAUCGACGGCGAACCCAAUGCUGGAGCUCGCGCAGCAGCCGAAAAACUCAUCUCCGCAGAGUUACCCGCGGACUAUCAAUCGACCCUGCACUCAUCUAUCCCCGCUUUGGUAGAGCCACGCUUCUCCCCUCUCAUCCAGCAAGAGCUGGCCCGCAAAGAGGCCGGGUUGCCAAUGACGGGCGGGAUUGACCUUUCACGAUACGAAGCCCCUGAGCCUCCAUCUGGGACUUCCGUACCGGGAAAAGAUGUUUCAGAGGCGCUCGAUGAAUGGCGGGAUACCUUGCAACGGGCCUAUACCUCCAGCUCGCACCUCUCGAUGAGACAUGAGAACCUGACUCUGCUAGAGGAGCAUGGGAAGAACGCAUGGCUGAUUGGCAAUGCGCAAUUGGAGGAGGUACUUCGAGGAGUCGAAAAGGAAUUGGCGGAUACCAGAGCUGCUGUGGAGUCCGUCCAUAAGCAGAGGAAGAUGGCCCAAGAAGCUAGCAAGGGAGAGCUUGUGGGGUUGCAGGAAACUUGGAGACGCGGAGUUGGCGCCGUGUUGGAUGUGGAGCUUGCUGCGGAGAGUCUGCGAAUGCAGAUUCUGGACCAGCGACGUCAGCUGUCGCAGCAGCAGUCACGAUAGAAGCGCGUUGCUCCACGGCGGAAGAUGUUGUAGCGAUCCCAUCGUUUGAUGGCUGGAUGUGCCGGCCGAUGCGCAAUGAAAUCUCUCCGGAUCACUUGAUUCCCAGGAUGUGUGAUGAGUCUAGAGUGCAGGGUGGACCCUGUCAGCCCCAUGUUCUCUGGGGGGCGGAUAUGGCCGGGGAGGAUAAUCAUAGGCCUGGGUCCUUCGGUGCGAGAUAGCCUGGACAAAAUGGUCUGAAUGCGAUGUGCGCUGCUGUAGGGUUGUUGCGGUCAGUCCAAUCAACGCAAGCAGACGGCAGAGCUCCAACCAAGCUGCGACAAAUGCCGUUCAGCUAGCACGGAGCAGUUUGUAUGCCGAUCCUCU